UGGUUAGACAUAGCUGAGACGAUGAUUCCCCUUGUUUCUUCAACACUUAUAUAUACCACCAUCAUUGCCAAAACAUGAACCCAAAUCAAAAUUGCUCGACUCAUUGGUAACUCAAUCACAGAAGGAAGAUGAGAAACUCUCAGCAUGUUCGUUCAAAGAGUGUGCCUGAAAAUCCAAACCCAAUCAUCAGCCAAGUAGAUGAGCAGCUGAGCAGAUUAAAGGAUUCUGAAGCCACUUCUUCUCUAUGCAUCAGACUAGGCGCCCUUCAAGAUUUGCACGAGUCCGUGGACAAGCUGCUUCUUUUGCCUCACACCCAACAAGCUCUGGUUCAAGUGAGUGACAAGGAAGGGCUGGAUGACUUACUAGAAGGCUCUCUCAGGCUUCUGGAUUUGUGUGACACAGCCAAGAAUGCCUUGUUGCAAACAAGGGAAUGCAUAUAUGAAUUAGAGAUGGUUAUGCGUAGAAGGAGAACUGAAAUGGGGAUUUCUAGUGCAGUUCAGAAGUGUUUAAGUUCCAGGAAGAUGAUAAAGAAAGCAGUCCAUAAAGUGUUGAAAAUGGAAAGAAAACAAUGUCAUAAAGAGAAUGGAUGUCAGCUAAAAGAGGUUGAAGCAGUCACAUACCACAGCAUAGUAGCCUUAUUGUCCAUCAUAGCAGGAGCAAAGUUGCCUGCAAAAUGGAGCUGCUGGGCUUCAGUUUCCAAGCUUGUUCAAUCCAAAAAAGUGGCCUGCAUAAGCGAAGAAACAAGCAUAAGUGUUGUAGAAAGGUUGGAUUUGGCUUUGAGUUCAAUUGCCAAUUACAGAACUGACAAGGAAUUCCAAGUUCAAGUUGAAGAUAUGCAGAGCUUGCUCAGGGAUUGUGGAGCAAGCGUUAAGGAAGUUCAAGAAGAGCUUGAGGGCCUUUAUAGGUUCAUAAUCAGAACAAGAAUCUCCCUUCUUAACAUCUUCAACCACUAA